AUGCAGUUCAAUACGCCCCUGACUAUGACCCUACUGCUAUUAUUUCUUCUUCACACCGCUGUCAAUGGUAUUGCAGGAUUCUGGAAUUGCUAUGAUGAAGGCUUGACUUGGUCCUCUAUUGGAAACGCAUCUAGCAUUGACUCUGCUUUCACCCAGAUGUGCUCCAAGAUGGUGGGAACUUACCACAUUGUCAUUCUAAGGCAACAGCUGAUCAGUAAUGCCAAACAGGUUAACCAAUGCUUCGGUUUUGGUGAUAAUGGUCAUAUCAACGUCCAGAUCCGUAUUGAGCCGAAAUCUUGGGAAGACUCGGACCCCAAGGAUCCAAGCAUCUCGGCGAUAAAGGUCAACCUCACCCAGACAGUCUGCAAAGCGCUAUUGACAUCUGUGAAGGACAGCUGCAACAAAAACGGCGGCCAUGCGUGGACCGGGGCGGGUCACAUGCAGCAGAAGGACACAGACACACUGGAUACCAUUGAGGAAUUGUACACCGGCGACCAUGUCCAGGGAUGGAUCCUAGCUGAUCCAAAUAGCGGAGAUUGCUAA